UAAAAUCAGAUCAAAAUAUCUCCUAGAGUAGAGAAAAGAAAAGAAAAGAAUGUCAGGGAGAGGAAAGGGAGGUAAGGGAUUGGGAAAGGGUGGAGCCAAGAGGCAUCGUAAGGUUCUUCGUGAUAACAUCCAGGGUAUCACCAAGCCUGCGAUCCGUCGUCUGGCUAGGCGUGGUGGAGUCAAGCGUCUCAGUGGUCUUAUAUACGAGGAGACCAGAGGUGUCCUCAAGAUCUUCUUGGAGAAUGUGAUUCGUGAUGCCGUCACCUACACUGAGCACGCUCGCCGCAAAACAGUGACUGCUAUGGAUGCUGUGUAUGCUUUCGACUAAUAUAACUUCUUAAAAAAAAAAUUCAAAAAAUAACAUAAUUUAACCAAGAUUAAUGUAUAAAAACUUAUCACUUUGAUCAUGAGACUAAUAUA